AGAAAUAUUAGAGGUAUAUGACCCACGCCGGCGGCGGCCUCCCCUUUAGAUGAUUUGAAUGGAAAGCAACCCCACCCACGCCCCUUGUUUCACGCAGCCACCUCCUUCCGCGGUGGCCUCUCAUCCGCCGCCACUUUAACAACCCUAGCCCCCUCAAUUUCCCCUAAUUUCAAUCCCAGAUCUCAUCCUCCUCCUUCCCCAUGGCAACGAUUAUCUCCCCUUCCUCUCCCGACGACAUCCCCACCGCCACGCUCGCCCUCCCCACCCCCAACCCCGCCCCCCGGCGCCUCCCCCCGCCGUGCUGGACCCCCGAGGAGACCGUCGCCCUCAUCGACGCCUACAAGGACAAGUGGUACUCCCUCAGCCGCGGCAGCCUCCGCGGCCACCACUGGCAGGAGGUCGCCGACGACGUCGCCUCGCGCUGCCCCGCCCACCCCGCCAAGACCUCCGUCCAGUGCCGCCACAAGAUGGAGAAGCUCCGCAAGCGGUACCGCGCCGACAUCCAGAGAUCCGCCGCCCGCAGAUCCGCCUCGUCCUGGGCCCACUUCCAGCAAAUGCACUCCAUGGAGAAGGGCACCGACCUCCCCACCCCCCCUCCGUCCUCCUCAUCGGAUGAAGAAGAAGAAGAGCACAGCACCAAGAGCAACAGCGUCAAGCGCCGCAUCAACGAUCUCUACAACCGCCACGCCAAUCAGAGCGUCCGGAUCAAGAUGCCUGGCGCGGCUCCAAACCCUAGCCCUAGAAUUAUCCCCAAUUCGAGUGGUAGGCCGUCGGUGGUGGAAGCGAUACAGGCGUUGGGAGAGGGAUUCGUGAGAAUGGAGAAGAUGAAGAUGGAGAUGGCACAACAGAUUGAAGAGAUGCGGAUGGAGAUGGAGCUCAAGAGAACGGAGAUGAUUCUCGAUUCGCAGCGCAGAAUCGUCGACGCUUUUGCUCGUGCCAUCAAGAAGCCCAAGAAUCAUCACUAUGCCUAAAACUCAUUUGUAACUUUAUCCAACUGUCUCAAGUGCAAAAUGGAUUUGUUACUUUUUUUUA